AUCCCUAAAUGGGUUAUUACGACCCCCGUACUGACAUGUUGAGUUGUUGCGUCCAAACUGGAACUGACUAUUACGCUUUUUCCAAUAACAACAGCCCUCGUUGCUAAACCUGUGUCUGUCGUGGAUUUACUAAGAAAUAUAAAAUUUAUUAUGCCGAGUUAGACUGUUAUUUUAAGGGGCAGUUGGUCGGUAUUUAUAUCGGAAUAGGACUGACAGACUUAGUCCGUUUCUAUGUAGGACACCCCUGUUGUUACUGGCUGCUGCUCCUGGCACUUCCUUGUUCAAAAGUUUUAUUUAGGAGAAGGCUUUAGGGGGAAAGUUGGUCACCGGGUUGGGAUUUUUCGACGUCGCUGUCAGCUUUAAAACACGGAUAAUAUGUGUCGCACAUUUUUGCGUGACUAGCCACUACUUCUUUCAUGGCUGAAACGGGUUUCUGGCACAACUGAAAGGCUCGAGAAGGAAGAAGAUGUCCACGGCUAACGUUAGCGAAGACAUCAGAGUGAAAUUCCCCCUGCAUUCCGCAGUGUGGGAAAAUGAUUACAGGAGACUGGAAGAGCAAAUAAAGUUACCACAGAAUGAUGUUGAGGCUGUGGAUCCCAGAGGCCGGACAGCUUUGCACCUCGCUGUGUCACUUGGACACCUGGAGUCUGUGAGAGUCCUUCUGAGACACGGCGCUCAAGUGACGAAAGAAAAUUCCUAUAAUUGGACAGUUGUCUGCGUUUGUGUAGUCCUGCAGGAAGCUGUCAGCACCGGAGAUCCAGAGAUGGUUCAGUUAGUGCUUCAACGCAGAGACUACCUGAAAGCUUCCACUGCUUUAGGAGGAGUGCCUGAGCUGCUGGCAAAGAUCAGAGAGUCUCCAGAUUUCUACAUGGAAAUGAAGUGGGAAUUCACUAGUUGGAUCCCUCUUCUGUCCCGGGUUUGUCCAAGUGAUGUGUGUCGCAUUUGGAAAAAUGGCGCCUGCCUGCGGGUGGAUGCCACUCUUCUAGGCUUCGAAAACAUGACCUGGAUCAGAGGCCGUAGGAGCUACAUCUUCCGAGGAGAUGAUUCUUAUGCAGAGUUGAUGGAGGUGAACCACGAUGACGAAGUGGUUGACAUUGAACGCUUCAACAUAUCCCAAGAAAUGGAGGAUGUCACAUUAGAAUCGAUGCAACCUGCCGAACAGGAAGUUGCCAAAAGAUUGACGACGCCUAUUGUCAACACGUACUUGGAUACAAAAGAUAUUGCUUUUGAAAGGCAAGGAGAGGCGGCCUCCACAGUGGCAUCUCAGAGUAAGUCUGGCAUUUGGGGCUGGAGAAGUGACAAAACAGAAGUUGUCAAUGGUUUUGAAGCAAAGGUUUUCAGUGUCAACAAUGUUAAUGUGGUUAUAAGGACAAGGACGGAGCACCUGACAGAUGAGGAGAAAGCCAGGAUUAAAAGUGAACGGAACAUCUUGGAGUCUCUUUUGGGCACUGUGGAGCAGCAUAUCAGCGCACAGGGGGACCUAACUCUUGAAUAUGCAACUGCAACAAAUCCUACCGCAAUCACUCCAGACGAGUAUUUUGAUCCUGACUUUGACCUUGGGGACAGAGACAUCGGCCGGCCCAUUGAACUGAGCAUUCGAACACAGAAGUUCAAAGGCACACUGUGGAUGAGUGAGGAGCACCCUCUAUCACUGGUGGAGCAGGUCACCCCCAUCAUCGACCUCAUGGCCAGGACCAGCUCCCACUUUGCACGGCUACGAGACUUUGUAGCUUUGAAGUUUCCCCCUGGAUUUCCUGUCAAAAUAGAAAUUCCCCUGUUUCACGUCCUGAAUGCCAAGAUUACCUUUGGUAAUGUAAAUAAGUGCAGCACUGAAGAGGAGGCCAGCACGGGAGCAGCCACCCCGACCUCCUCAGGGGAAGAAGAAGAAGCAACAGCAACGCCUCCUUUUCAGGUGUGUCCUUCAGUGUUUGAGGUUCCCGCCGGUUAUCACCGCCGAGGGGGCAGCCGCCACGCGCCCGUGUCCAACAACGACGAGGAGCUUUUGCAGUAUGCCAUCCACCAGAGUCUCCUGGAGUCUCGCAGUGGGCUUAGCCAGGAGGGGAUCUGGGAGGAUUCAGAUGGGGAUUUCACACACGUGAUGCCGAGCAGCCAGAGCGACAGGAGUAUCCCAGAGGGGGUGCUGGUGGAAUAUGAGAGCACCUCCAGCCCUGCCAGCUCGCCCUCCGCCUCCAGCCCCGACUCAGACCUCCGCCUGGCCAUGGAGCUGUCUGCACGCGCUCAAGAGGAAGAGGACAAGAUGAGGAGGCAGGAGGAAGAGGAACUGAAUAGGAUAUUGCAGCUCUCGCUCACUGAGAAGUGAAAGGAAUAAGAGGGAAUAAUACUGAUAAUAAUACUUUUCUAGAUCCAGAUGCAACAACCACACCUCAGUUUUCCUUCCUGCUCUGUCUCCAUCUAUGCAACCACAGGUCUCUUCUCUAACAGAUCCGUUUCGCACAGGCAACAACUAAUUCUUAAUUAUGUACCAAAAGGUUUUUCUGGUGGCAGGAAAGACAUUUCUAUAUUUCUACCUUGGUGUGUCUCUCCAUCCUGAUUCUCCAACAGUUUGAAAUGAUUUGGGUGGGGUAAUUUUCUUUCCUUGAAUUAAUUUUUGUGGGGGAUUUUUUUUUCCAAUUUAGGCUUACAGCCACACCCAUAUUUAUAAAUGAUAUCGUUGUCUGACUGGAGAGAUCUAUUUCACCAUGGUUCGAUGGUAAAAAAUGUUGGAUUGCUCCACGUGAUGUCAUGUGGUUUUGGCAGUUUGAUGCGACACGUCUGAUUAACGCGUGUCACUUCUUAUUUUUGACAGAGUACAGAGUACCAAAUUGGCUAGCUGUGAGCAUCUUGGACUUAGUUCAACAGGUAUGUUUUCACUGUGAAGUCUUCUUAGAAAGUCACAGUUACUCUUAACUUGAAAUUGAUUUGUCAAAUGUGAAGUUGUAGUCUGGUUAAUGUCCAUGGUGCGAAAUGGUACCUCUCAUACAUAUCACUAUGCUGCAGCAAUAGUUCACAAAGCUGGAUCUCCGAGUUAAAUUUUCCCAUAAAAAUGCAGUUUCAUGUACAGUCUACACCCGGGGGAAAAAAAGCAUACAGCUGUGAGAUAUCAAAUUCUAAGUCGGCCACAAAGCCGGCAACAAAUGAGCCUUUGCUGCAGCAUCAUCCAUUGUGGCUUAAGUUUUGAUAUUUCCUCUCAAUUUCCGGUAAGAAAAUCCAACGGAUUAUUUUUGUAAACUGUCACCAAGCAACUUCGCCUCAGUUCAAAAAUGCAAUAUCAGAGACCGGUUUUUCUGUGGAUUUACGACCGCCGUGCAGCUAUAAAGUUUCACAACUACCGUGGAAGACAUUAUUGGAGUUCAGGAGGACAGUUUGCCGUCUGAGCAGCCGUGAGCACCGCACAGCCCCCGAGCGGCAGAAUAAGCACCAGACAGGAACAUGAAGCAUGCAUAGCAGUAGUUUCUUCAGCAUGUGCCAAGGAUUGCUUUGCUCUGAACAGGCUGUGUGGUCCAGGCAUGGUGACAGAUUUGUGGAGUGCCACUGUAACUAAAUUUUUUCUAAACAAAAGUAAUUCUUUGUAAUUCAAAAACUUCAUCAAGAGUUUUCCUUUCUACCCGACUGAUGCUAAAUAUCAUGCAUUAACCACUAUAGAUGAUUUCACUAACUUCCAAACCACUUUUGAAAGGGUCUUUUUUUUAUUCAUUUGACUUGUCAGGGGCUUCUGCGCAAAUAUUAAUUGUAUUGACCAAGUUGCCAAACUGCUGAAUUUUGUGAAGGCUAGCUAAGGUAAUUUAAUGCUGAUCUUUUCAAUGCACCAUUUGAGCUAUUUUUUUUCCCUUUGUUUUUAUUUGAAGAUUUGUUCACAUUUUUAAGAGAGAAUGUGUCAGUUUGAAAAUGUUUGUCUAAAAUGUUCUUAAAUAAAAGCACUUUAUUUCCAUCAA